UUUGGAUUCCAUGACUCAUGACAUGCGAUGCUUACACUCACUCACUCACUAAUGGACACACACGGGUGCACUUGCUGCAUCACAUACUCCUGAAACUGGCCGGUGGCGCUGAAAUCAGGAUAUGGCGGCCAUGGGGACAUUCUUCAUGCCCCUCACUCUUCGCCUUCCUCUUCCCUCCUCCUCCUCCUCCUCCUCCAUCUCUAAACCCAAACACACUGCACCUAAUAAUUCUCCUCUGUUUUGUCUCAGAAAUAGUGGAGAUGCCAAAGGCUUACAUAAAAAAAGGUUAGAGGAUAGUAAAAAUGAGGACAUGUCCAAGCCCAUAUCUGGGGAUCACCAGAACAAGAAACGUGGUAAUAUUUGGCAAUUGUUCAGAGAGGCUCAGCAAAACAUAUUAUACUUGAACAACCAACGGCUUGUGGCCAUUGAGGAACUUAACAAAACAAACGAAGAAAAUCAGUUGCUGCUCAAUAAGAUAAAGAAGUUGGAAGUAGAAAAGCAGGCAGAUGCUGGUAAAGAUAAACUGUCAAUUUGUUCAGAAUUGCUGCUUCGGAUAGACUCAAUGGUCCUUAGCAGCUUGAUUAGCCCUGGAGAGGCAUCUAAAUUAAGAAGUUCGGUGGCGAGCCGCAGAGUUAGUGUUGCUAAUUUUUUUAAUGCCAUAUCACAGAAAAGUGACUCUCAACUUCUGGGAGAACUUCGUCACUUUUCAGAUCAAAGCAAAAAGAAUGGUUUUCAUAUUAUUCACAUUUGCACAGAAAUGACACCAUUGGUCCCUAUAGGAUCUGUAGCAUCGUAUGUGACUGGCAUAUCUCGUGCACUUCAAAGAAAGGGCUACCUUGUGGAGGUUAUAUUACCCAAGUAUGCAUGCUUAAAUCUAGCUGAGGUGCAAGGGUUGCGUGAAGUUAAUGCAGUGGCUUACUCAUAUUUUGAUGGUCAAUUACAUGGAAACAGAAUUUGGACUGGUGUUGUUUGUGGCAUUGGAGUCACUUUGAUCGAGCCAUUGCACUAUUCAUCCUUUUUCAGCCGUGAGAUGAUAUAUGGCUACCCAGAUGAUUUUGAAAGGUUCUUGUAUUUUUGCCGUGCCUCUCUGGACUAUAUAGUUAAAUGUGAGAAGCAGCCAGAUGUAUUGCACCUACAUAACUGGGAGACUGCCAUUGUUGGUCCCCUUUUCUGGGAUAUAUUUGUUAACAAGGGACUUGGAGGAACCAGAAUAUUACUGACAUGCCAUGGCUUCAAUUCACAGGGCAUUGAGCAACCAGAAAAAUUAGCCUUAUGUGGGCUUGAUCCUUUUAGUCUUCAUCGCCCUGAUCGUUUGCAGGACAACACUAACCCACAACUUGUCAAUAUUUUAAAGGGGGGAGUUGUGUAUUCGAAUAGAGUUGUAAUAAUGUCAUCUAUCCAUCCAAAGCAUACAAUUAUUCAUAGUUUGAGUCAUAAACUGGAGCCUACUUUAAAUGAUCAUAGGGACAAGUUGGUCAUUAGUCCUUAUGGAGUAGACAAAUCAAUAUGGGAUCCUUCAACAGACUAUUUUCUUCCAGAAAAUUUCAAUGCUGAAAAUAUGAAUGGAAAAUCGGUUUGCAAAGUUGCAUUGUUGCAGCAGCUAGGGUUAUCUGAGAAUUCCUCUACUAUUCUUGUUGGAUGCAUUUUUUCAGAAGGAACAAACCUUGAUGAGAAAACGGUCAAGGAUGUCAUUUUGAAUUCUAAGAAGCAGCAUGAAGUCCAGUUUAUAUUAAUGGGGAUUGGUGAAAGUUCAGUUGUGAAUCAAGCAGUAGAAUCACUUCAAAAGGAACUCAAGGAUGGUAAUCUUAAAUUUGUCCCUGCAUACAAUGAAGAACUGUUGCAUUUAUUCUUUGCAGGAUCCGACAUUAUCUUGUGUCAAUCUUUUGUUGAUCCUACUGAUGAAAUCCCUCUCAAAGCUUUAAGGUAUGGAGCAGUUCCAAUAGCAGUUAGCCCUGAUGCUAGCACAAACAGGACGAUGCCUUUUGAUCGGAGCCACGAGGCAACAAAGUACUCACAGUUGGUUAAUUCUAACUUUAGAAACAUGUCUCUUAAUCUUGCCAUUGAUGGAAUUAGGAGUAACCCAUCACAGUGGAGACGAAGAAUAAUGGAAGCAAUGAAGCAUGACUUGACGUGGGAUGGUGAAUGCUAUGAAGUUCAUGUUGCAGCUUACUCAGCUAUAAAGAAUAUAUGAAGUGUCUUGGUAUCCAUCUAUGUGUAUAUGUAAAACAUACCUUGUAUGAAAUAAGUGUUUUUAUUUA